AUGGCAGCAAAAGCACCAGCAGUUGGUAUUGAUCUGGGCACGACCUACAGUUGUGUUGGAGUUUUCCAGCACGGCAAGGUAGAAAUCAUUGCCAAUGACCAGGGUAACCGAACCACGCCAUCGUAUGUUGCCUUCACUGACACGGAGCGUCUGAUUGGCGAUGCUGCCAAGAACCAGGUGGCCAUGAACCCGACCAACACCAUCUUCGACGCGAAGCGUCUGAUUGGUCGCAAGUUUGACGAUCCCGCGAUCCAGGCUGAUAUGAAGCAUUGGCCGUUCGAGGUGGAGUCGAUCGAGGGCAAACCAAAGAUUGCGGUCGAGUACAAGGGCGAGAAGAAAUCUUUCUUCCCGGAGGAGGUCAGUUCGAUGGUGCUGACCAAGAUGAAGGAAACGGCCGAAGCUUACCUGGGCAAGACAGUGACGAACGCCGUCAUUACCGUGCCAGCUUACUUCAACGAUUCGCAGCGUCAGGCAACGAAGGAUGCCGGAACCAUUUCGGGGUUGAACGUGCUGCGUAUCAUCAACGAACCGACUGCGGCCGCCAUUGCCUACGGUCUGGACAAGAAGACGGCCGGUGAGCGCAACGUGCUGAUCUUCGAUCUGGGCGGCGGUACCUUCGAUGUGUCGAUCCUUUCUAUCGACGAUGGCAUCUUCGAGGUCAAGUCGACCGCCGGAGACACCCAUCUGGGUGGUGAGGACUUCGACAACCGCCUGGUGAACCACUUCGCUCAGGAAUUCAAGCGCAAACACAAGAAGGAUCUGUCCACCAACAAGCGUGCCCUCCGCCGUCUGCGCACGGCAUGCGAGCGCGCGAAGCGUACGCUGUCCUCGUCGACCCAGGCCAGUAUUGAGAUCGAUUCGCUGUUCGAGGGAACCGAUUUCUACACCUCGAUCACGCGUGCCCGUUUCGAGGAGCUGAACGCCGAUCUGUUCCGUUCGACGAUGGAACCAGUGGAGAAGGCGCUUCGUGAUGCCAAGAUGGACAAGGCCAGCAUUCACGAUAUUGUGCUGGUUGGUGGAUCGACCCGUAUCCCCAAGGUGCAGAAGCUGCUGCAGGACUUCUUCAACGGCAAGGAGUUGAACAAGUCGAUCAACCCGGACGAAGCCGUCGCCUACGGUGCUGCCGUCCAGGCCGCCAUUCUGCACGGUGACAAGUCGGAGGAGGUGCAGGAUCUGCUGCUGCUCGACGUGACGCCACUGUCGCUCGGUAUCGAGACUGCCGGUGGAGUGAUGUCGGUGUUGAUCAAGCGUAACACGACCAUCCCGACGAAACAGACGCAGACGUUCACCACGUACUCGGAUAACCAACCCGGUGUGUUGAUCCAGGUGUUCGAGGGUGAGCGUGCCAUGACGAAGGACAACAACCUGCUCGGCAAGUUCGAGCUGAGCGGCAUCCCGCCAGCACCGCGCGGUGUGCCCCAGAUCGAGGUAACGUUUGAUAUCGAUGCCAACGGUAUUCUGAACGUGACGGCACUCGAGAAGUCGACGAACAAGGAAAACAAGAUUACGAUCACUAACGACAAGGGCCGUCUGAGCAAGGAGGACAUCGAGCGCAUGGUGAACGAGGCCGAGAAGUACCGCACCGAAGAUGAGAAACAGAAGGAAACCAUCUCCGCGAAGAAUGCGCUCGAAUCGUACUGCUUCAACAUGAAGGCCACGAUGGAGGAUGACAAGCUGAAGGACAAGAUUUCGGACAGCGACAAGACCCUGGUACUGGACAAGUGCAACGACACGAUCAAGUGGCUCGAUGCGAACCAGCUGGCCGACAAGGAGGAGUAUGAGCAUCGCCAGAAGGAGCUGGAGUCGGUAUGCAACCCGAUCAUCAGCAAGCUGUACCAGGGCGCUGGUGCUGCCGGUGGUGCUGCUGGUGGCGCCGGAUCCGGCUCUGGACCGACCAUCGAGGAGGUUGACUAA